AUAAAAAUACAAAGAAAUCAGACCAGACCAGACCAGUCCAGCAAAUUAAAGUUUAAGUAAAAAGAUACUCCCGUACUAAACAUCAAUUAUGGCAUCUCCUAAAGUUUUUUUAAUUUCAAAGUAAAACGGUCAGCGAUGUAAUGCCAAAAAAAUUGAAAGUCUUCGAGUUCCACUAAAACUGACGUCAAGACGUCAUAUAUGAGGUAACGAGUAUUGUGUCAGGUAAUUUAUUUUGGAAAAGUGAAUAGUCGCGUGCGUGACCUCCGAUCCUCAAUAUAUAGAACGAAACUAAACGAUACGAAUAGGAACUAAAAAUUCAGUGAACAAAACAUAAAGGCCGGGAUGGGAGGGCAAUAUAUACAUAUAAUAAUGGCGGGUUCUUUUCCAGUGAGGUUUUGGCUGGUCGUGGUCAUCACUGUUAUUUGGUCCAGUUCCGCCGCAACGGCUUCAGCUGGGUUUCCGCAUGAUGGGAAAGAGGUUCGGGUGAAUCUGAGACGCCGAGAGCACAACGGUGGCGGACAAAACUUGACGAGGCUGGAGCGGGUGCAACACGCCGUAAAGGGCGACGCUGAGAGGUUUGCUGGCCUCCUACUACCAUCAUUGUCGUCGUUAUCACUAUCCACAACAGGCGUGGCGGCAUCGGAGCGAGUGGUGAUGAAUUCCAGCGUACGGCCUUCUCACCCAUCGGGUGCGUUCUUGAUGAACCUAUCGAUCGGGACUCCGCCGGUGGCGGUGAGCUUCGAAAUGGACACCAGCAGUGACGUGAUUUGGACUAGUAGCAGCAGUACCGACUCCUCCAGUACCUUCCGGAGUUACCCCUGCUGCCCGGCGUUGCUGCACGACGAGGGUACGGCUAUACAAAAACUUAGAUGCGUACCAGGGAAUAAAAUGUCAAGAGUACCCGCGGGGUGUGCCUACAAUAGCACUUACCGCAAUGGGUCAUGGAGCUGGGGCCAUAUUGCCGCAGAGAGCUUUACAUUUGAAUCGGGGAACGUCACGGUCCAGAGCGACAGGAGGGCCAGCAUUUUCUCACGACUCAAUGACUCCCCAUGUCCCCACCGGAUUGGUCGGUCUCGGCCGCGGCAAAAUGUCCUUGGUCUCACAACUCAAUGUCUCCCAAUUCUCGUAUUGCUUAACCGAUAUCGCCUUCUAUUCAGUCAGCACGCUUACACUGGGCGGCGGCGGCGGAACAUCCGCUAAUAAAACAGCCCGUCUUCUAGACAGCCCACAAAAGCUUCCGUACUCAUCGUUUUAUUAUGUCAAUGUUACGGGAAUAUCUGUCGGGGCUGCCUUGCUCAACCUGUCCAAGGAGGUAUUCCAGCGGGACGGUGAAGGGAGGGGCGGGAUGAUUAUCGACUCCCGCACCGCCCUCACGUACCUGCCGCAGAUAGCUUUUGAUGCCAUCCUAGAGGAGGCAGGGAAACAGCUUAACGUGAGCGUGGAGCUCGUGUACACCCUCCAGCUGUCCAUCCAUUUCGAUAACAACGCCACAUUAACCGUCCCCUCCCAGAACUGGUUGCUCGUCGACUACGUGGCACACAAGACAUUCUUGUUGUUGGACACGAUCAGUAGCGAUAGUAGUGUGCCUGGAAUUUUGGGAAAUAUUCUGCAGCAGAAUAUCAUGGUCACAUAUGAUCUAGCUCAUUCCGCUCUUUCCUUCGAGCCCAAACACUGUGGUUAAUUACUCAUCAGAUAUGUGUACCUAAUAAGCUAAAUACAUCUUACUCACCCUUAUAAAUUGAUGCAUCAUACGGAGUAUAUGAUCAGUGUGUUCUCGAUCAUCUCCUACUACAUGUUUUAAAUUAAUUAAUGUUUCCCAUUCUUCCUGUUUCCGUGUAUUGAAUUGGGAUUACAUAUAUAUAAUAUCCAUUCUGUACGUUUUUAAAACAGUGUGUCAGUAGCUAGUCGAUCCAUCUUCCUUUUUUUUUGCUUAAAUCGUGAGGGUUGAUGACCUCCCUUUCAUUGUAGAAAUUGCUCGAUCUAAAAUUAAAGGGAUAAAGACAUAAGUACGACUAAAAGAUGCUCGUGGAAAUUAAAUAGGACUCAAUGUUUAUUGACUCCCGUCUAGGACUAUUUUUUCCCUGAGGGACAAAAAUACCCUCACAUCUCACGCACCAGCCACACAACAAGCAACGAAGCCGAAUUCACGAAUUCACAAUUCCCUGGCCGUCCUCCAUCGUAUCCAUCGGGAUUCAAAAUUCCCUGACCGAAUUGAAGCUGUCCUCACUUCCGUUGACCUUCAUCUUGACGCUCGAAUGUUUUGUGUUAACUGCCGGUCUGCCGCUAGUAAUCGCCGGAGUAUAUGCCUCUGGUCGUCACCGGAUCGUCCUCUUCUUUCUCUUAUUUUUUGCUGCUGCUUCUUUUCAAGUUUUGUUGAACAAAAAUGGGGUUGAAAGCUUACUCAGCUGAUUCUAGCCGGAGCAAUUAGGUACACAUAUAUGUCAAUUAGGUACACAUAUGUGUCUCGAUGACCUGUGGAGAAGGAAGGUGACAUCGGUGAGCUCAGCUUAGUCAAUUAUUGAACUUUCUUCUUUUUGUUGUCCAGAUCUAUUUGUGAUUUUUCCCUUCUUGCUUUCUUCUAUUUUUUCUCAAUUUUCCAUUUUGUUUCAUUGUUAUUUCGAGUUCCCUUUGUUUCGUUUCUCUAAAUUCUUAUUUGGUUUUCCUUUCUCUUAUUCUAUUUUUUUUUUUUUUUACCAAUUUCUCUUAUUCUCUUAGUUAUUCUAAAUUUUCUAUCUACUUACCAUAUAGAUUCUAAUUUUGUCUACACUUAAUUUCCUUAAACAAUUUCACGUUGUCAUUUUCACAAUAUUAUUAAAUAAUAUCACAAUAUUAUAAAUGAACAAACAUUAUUUCUUGACAAUUGUACAAUUUUAGUAUCACAAUGUCAUAAUGUUAUUACAUAAUGUCACAAUAUCACAAUCACAAUGACAUCAUAAAAAAACAAUGACACUUGUUAACAAUGUCAUAUUGUUAUUACACAAUGUCAAAAUAUCAUCAAUGUUAUGACAUUGUUUAUUGUACAUAACUAGUGUCAUGGAAUUACAAUGACAUAUCUUGACACAAUGACAAUUCCAAUGACAAUGUCAUAAAAAUGUCAAUGUAUAAAAAUGUCAUCGAGAUAAGAAAAUGUCACAAUGGCAAUGUAAUUUUCGAUGCUAUAAAUGAUAUUGCCAUUGUGACAAUGUCAAUAUAUAGCUAUUGUGACGAUGUUAAUUUUAUAAAAAAGAAGUCACAACGUCGAAAAAAUGUUGUAAUGUCAAUUAAUCAUGAUGACAAUGUCAUAAAAAUGUCAAUGAUAAUGUCAUAAGAAUGUCAAUGACAAUGUCAUAAGAAUGUCAUUCAUUAUGAAAAUGACAUUGUUAAAACUAAUGUCGAAGCUAUAAAAUACGGAGUAUAAUUUUUAUUUCAGCAGGUGCAAUGUUUGCAAGACAAAGCCAAAUUACAUUCAUCACUUUAUACUUUAUGUUUAUUGCUACGUCUGGAAGAGCCAACUGCUCACAUGUCUCUACUUAAUCAACUGCCUUUUACGGAGUACUUUAUUUUACAGUGAAGAUACAUCAAUUAAAAUCAAUUACACCACCACAUCAAGAUGGGUAAAAUUAACCCGGUUGAUAACUUGUACUAUCGUAUUUGAAAAAACUUCAAAUAAAUUAAUUAGUUAGGUAGUUCAGCAACAUGCACUCAAAGGUUAUAUGAUAAAUAGAAUGCACCAGAUGAGCUAACCUAAUGUUAAAAGUUACGAUAGUAUAAAGUAACUUGCAUAGCAAAAGGCAUAGUCGAUCUACCUUUCGAAUUAAAAACAGAAAAUCUUUUGUCAACCGCUUCUCUCUUUUUAAAACAGAAAAUCUCCGAAUAAAAAAACUCGUAAUACAACUUAUAUUCCAUAAAAAGGGAGAGAGGCCGCCUCCAAAAUAAAAAAAAAAGAGAGGUUAGUAAUCAGAUCUGAGAUAGGCCAAAGAAAAGCAACUACACCUGCAGAAGAAAACUGCUAGAUCGACACAAGAAAAGGGGAGAAGAGAAGAAGAAGAACAAGAAGAAUGCGCCGCCCACCGAUCGACGCCGUGCCACCGUCCACCGUCGCUGAUGUCGUACAUCAAUCGCUGCGUAGCUGACUCACCUGAAGCUGCUCCCUGCCUGCAGUGGCGGACCCAGAGAUUUGUCAAAGCAGGGGCACACUAGACACUAAAUUUACUCUAUAAUAAAAUUUUCACAUGUACUAAAGAUGGUAAAAAGCAUUGUUCUAAAACUCGCUAGGCGCUAAUCGGGCGGUUGAUUGACGCCUAGGCCGAUUAAUCGGUCCGCCUAGGCCGAUUUUUAGAACAAUGGUAAAAAGUAAGACAAUAGUAUAAAUUAUACGGAGUUGUUAAUCACAUAUUAAAUAUUUCACUUCUGCAACUUUGGUAAAUUAAGCCUACGAGUUUUCAUAUUCUGAACAUGUUGCAUGAUAUUUCAUUAUCAAUGCUCCUAAAAACAUCUCUCUCGAUGUAACACACCAAACAAUCUGUAAGAUAAUCAUCUCACAUCUUAUUGUGAAAAUAUAUCUUGAUAAUAUUCAUUGCAAAGUCUUUCAACGGUGGCUGUUGCAACUGGUAAUACUAAAGUCAACUCAAUCAGACGAUAUACCAAGUGAAAAGAAUUGUGAACUUUAAGCUUGGUGUUGGUGUGAGACUGCGAGGUCUGGCCUUCUGAUUAGACUGGUGCGACUUGCGAGCAGCGAGUCUGGCCUUCUGAUUUAUCGUUCGGUCAAUUACUAAAUUGCGUUAAAAUAAUACUUGUUCGGUCAAUCUCGCUUGAAGUUAGGCUCUAGAAGGGAUCUAAAUUUGGGCUUUGGGCUGAAUUAAUACUAAUAAUUUUUUGGGCCCUUCAACUUGUUUUUUAAACUUUUAUCACUUGUUACUUUUAGUUGGCCGUAUUACCCGUAUAUUAACCCUUGACUACGCGUUAAUCUCUCAGAUCAUUCUAUAGUUUUUUAUUCUAGUCAUAUUUGUUUUGAGAGCCAGUUGGCGAAUGAUUUAUUAAUAUAAGCAGUUAGUUCGGUGAUAUAAAAAAAACCUCGACUACUUUUUCUCCUUAUUUGAAAAUUCUAUAUAUUUCAUUUUAAUUCAACUAAAAUUUAAAUAUUGUGUAUUAAUUGUUAAUUUAUAUAACCGUAACAUUUUAGUAUCUUGAUUAUCUAAUGCUCAUAAUUUUUUGUACGGGUUGGGGCACUAAAUUUACCCGAAGUAGUAGUAAUGAAAUUUUUGACCGGAAGCAGGGGCACCUAUUUUACCCUAAGUACUAAUAGUGAAAUUCCUGGCCAGAAACCGGGGCACUUGCCCCGGUAGGCCCCGGCCUAGGUCCUCCACUGCCUGCCUGGUCGCUUAUGGUAUGAAAGAGAAGUAUGGUUGCUUUUGUCCACAGAGAAGAGAAGGGGAGCAAGGCCUAAUAGAUUCAGGGGCAAACCUGGAACACGGAAAAAAUUAGGUCCUAUUUAGGAGUAAAAAAAG